AGCACAUCAGACAAAAUCCAUGGCAAUAUGGAUUAUACCUUCCAAGAUGGAGCUGAGAUACAACCUGUCAGUUUCCUAAAUGAGCUUCGUAAACUGAUGGGACUGAGUACUACAACAACUCCAUUGACAACAAGUAGCUUCUCUGUGACAUCAUUCCAGCCAAUACCUGGUUCAACAGAGGUGACAAGCAAACUGGUGUUCAACUCCUCAUCUCCAGUCCCCGGUGAAGCUUUGGUGCUCAGUGCUAUCAACAUUCUCCUGGAAUCCAGAGUUUCACAACUGAAAGAAACAGUCAAGCUGGUCAAUGUCAGCUAUGAAAAAAUCUCAGACACCUCCUAUGCAGUCUUCUUCACAUUUGCCUUGAGUAACAUCAGCAUGCCAGAAGACCCAGAGUUUAGAAACAACACUUACCAGCAAGUACAGGACAUGAUCAAUCAGGCGCUGAACACUCUCCUGAAUGAUCCAAGCAGUAAGAAGUUAGAACCCAGCUCAUCCAACUUCACGAGCACAUCAGACCAAAUCCAUGGCAAUAUGGAUUAUACCUUUCAAGAUGGAGCUGAGAUACAACCUGUCAGUUUCCUAAAUGAGCUUCGUAAACUGAUGGGACUGAGUACUACAACAACCCCAUUGACAACAAGUAGCUUCUCUGUGACGUCAUUCCAGCCAAUAUCUGGUUCAGCAGAGGUGACAAGCAAACUGGUGUUCAACUCCUCAUCUCCAGUCCCCAGUGAAGCUUUGGUGCUCAGUGCUAUCAACAUUCUCCUGGAUUCCAGAGUUUCACAACUGAAAGAAACAGUCAAGCUGAUGAAUGUCAGCUAUGAAAAAAUCUCAGACACCUCCUAUGCAGUCUUCUUUACAUUUACCUUGAGUAACAUAAGCAUGCCAGAAGACCCAGAGCUUAAAAACAACACUUUCAAGCAAGUGCAGGACAUGAUCAACAAUGUGCUGAACACUCUUCUGAAUGAUCCAAGCAGUAAGAAGUUUGAACCCAGCUCAUCCAACUUCACGAGCACAUCAGACAAAAUCCAUGGCAAUAUGGAUUAUACCUUCCAAGAUGGAGCUGAGAUACAACCUGUCAGUUUCCUAAAUGAGCUUCGUAAACUGAUGGGACUGAGUACUACAACAACCCCAUUGACAACAAGUAGCUUCUCUGUGACGUCAUUCCAGCCAAUAUCUGGUUCAGCAGAGGUUACAAGCAAAGUGGUGUUCAACUCCUCAUCUCCAGUCCCCAGUGAAGCUUUGGUGCUCAGUGCUAUCAACAUUCUCCUGGCAUCCAGAGUUUCACAACUGAAAGAAACAGUCAAACUGAUGAAUGUCAGCUAUGAAAGUAAGUGUUGUCAUUUUCAGGUAAAACACUAUCUGUAA